AUGACACAAACAUACUCGGUCACCCGGAGUGAACCCAUCCCCGUCUUACCGAAAAUAACGUACAGGUCGAUAGAAUCGGUUCGGAAAUCGAUUCCAGCGGUAUGGAUGCGUGCCGGCACAUCCAAAGGCCUUUUUCUCCAUCGCCACCAUCUUCCCGCGUCGACAACGCUGUGGGAACCGAUUUUGCUAUCCGCGAUGGGCUCUAGUACGGGUCGUUCUCGCCAGAUUGACGGGGUAGGCGGUGCUUCCUCGACAACGUCCAAGGUCGCCAUCGUAGAACGGUCGAGUCGACCCGGUGUCGAUGUCGAGUAUACGUUUGUGCAGGUGGCGCCGGAUCAGCCACUGAUCGAUAUGACUGGAAAUUGUGGCAAUAUUGCAUCUGGAGUGGGGCCGUUUGCACUGGAUGAGGGUCUUGUCAGCGUCCCUGAGCGGGAGAAGGAGAUUGAUAUCAAGAUUUACAACACCAACACCGGACAACAUAUCGUCGAAACAGUCCAGGUCGCGACCGACGGCUCAUUCCGAGAAGAUGGCGAAUAUGCGAUUCCAGGCGUUGGGGGCACGGCCAGUCCUGUCAAAGUUGCAUUCCUCAGGCCGUGCGGUAGUAUGACGGGCCACAUGUUUCCGAGCGGGAAGCACCAGGAGAUGCUAACGGUGCAGUCCCAGGGAUUUGGAACACUAUCCGUGCGAGUCAGCCUUGUAGAUGCCGCGAAUCCGUUUGUGUUUGUUGAUUCUGCGUCCCUGCCGCGAGACGCCUCGUCCGCUAUCACGGAUGCUGCGGAUCCAGCCUUCCUGGCAUUAAUCGAGGAUAUCCGGCAACAUGGUGCGGUGCGGUUUGGCCUUGCUGAGAAUGUGGAGGCUGCGAGUCAAGUCCGCGGAACCCCGAAGAUUGCGAUUUUGUCUCCCGCCAGUGGCAAUGUAGACGGCGUGGACAUCGAGGUGAAGGCGUUCAGCAUGGGAAAACCCCAUCCAAGUUUGCAGCUGACGGGUGCGGUAUGUCUCGGCGCGGCGACAAUCAUACAUGGCACCAUCGCUUGGGACCUGGCCCAUAUCAAAGAAGGGAAAGAGAUUCCAAAGCAUGGGAUGUCGCUAGGAGACCACCAGAUUGCGGGCGCAGUGCCGGUCGGCAUCCGCCAUUCAGCUGGGGUAAUCCAUGCGGAGACGGUCCUGGGAAUAGACAGGAAGGGCGCGAUCGACGUGGACCGGGUAGCGGUAUAUCGAACGGCUCGGCGGCUAUUUGAGGGCCGUGUUUUUUAUAGGCCUUAA